CUGCAUGCUGGGAAAUAUAGCCAUUUUACCGAGCCACGAGGAGCACAAAGGAUUGGUAAAACCGGCUUGUUCUCGCAAAUCUUGUUGCUUUUCUUCACAAUAAGACUGACAAUCUAAACAGCAGAUGAGAUGGAUGAUGACGGUUGCAGAGUGUAUGCUGGUAAUUUAAGCUUCGAUACGGAAGAAUUAUCGUUGCAAAAGGCAUUUUCACAAUAUGGAAAAGUCGUGGACUGUAAACUCAUCACAGACCGGGACACCGGCAGGUCGCGAGGAUUUGGAUUUAUUACGUUCGAUUCUCCAGAAUCUGCCAAAAAUGCUGUUGAUGGCGCAUUAGAACUUGAUGGCAGGGGGUUGAAAAUUUCGAUAGCUCAGGCAAGAGGCGGUGGUGGCGGCGGCCGAGGACGAGGAGGCUAUCGCGGCGGUGGCGGAGGAUACCAGUACCAGCAGCGGGAGCAGCGUAGUAGUUAUGGCCGUGACAACGGGCACAACUACGGACCUGGAGGUGGCGGCUACGGAGGUGGCGCAUACGGAGGUGGAAAUAGAGGAGGAGAUGGUUACGGUCGUCGAGAUGGUGGCUGGUAAAUUCCUUUCAUUGUGCCUCGAUAUUGGAAACAUUUGAUUCGUUCGUCGGAUCAGAAAAAUGGGGGAAGCCCCGUCAUUCGAUGGGGAGAUAACGAAAAGUUACUCCAUUUUAUAACCAACCGUGGCAGCUGACGAAUAUGAUUUUUAAUUGAAAAAAAACGUUGACUACAUUUCCUCUGCCAAAAGCAGUAUAACAUUCAUUAAAUAACUCAAAACUCUAACCACAUGGUGUUCUUUGGCUUUUGGUAAUGAACACGUGGAGGCGUUGGCGGUUUAACGGUUCGACUGCACCUUCGUCAUGGAACAGUAGAUUGUGGACAAGAUAUGUUUUUCUUACUGCAAAUGACAUUAGAGACAGACCAUCAAAGAGAAAAACAUUUGGAGGGGUCUCUUCACAAGAUGAGGGACCAAGGUGUUUCAGUUUCUUUAUCAUCGUUGUGGACAAUUCACGGAUAAACACUACUUGGCAAAUGAACUUUUUGUUAAAAACUUUGAAAUUCCAUUUGUUUAUCAUAUUUUACUGUUUAUCAGCCUACUCUAAAAAUAAUAUAUGGCAGUCAUAAUGAUAGAGAAUGGUAGCUAAUGGUCUGAGACAGGACUUCAGACUUGUACCUGAAAAAGUUAACUAGAAUUAAUGAGUUGCAUAUUUGUAUGUUACCGCAUAUAAGUUGAUAUCGGUGUCCAUGUAAGUAACAUCCAUCAGCUGUGUGGUGAACAUAAUCUGUUUGGUAACACUGCAGAACUUUUGCAAUAACUUUGGUACCUUGAACAUGACAAUUUUGUGCUGUUGUUGGGAUCCAAUUUAGAUUGCGCAAGAUCACUUAGUGAUCAAAUUGCUUUCAUGAGGUUUUUUUUCAAAGUUAUGUUAUUUUUAUGAUAUGAAGAUUCUUCCAUUUGUUUCCAUUUAAUAAGAAAUCCAUGAAACACGUUUAAUUUUCUGUUGUUUUAUUUUGCCUCGCCAUGAAGAGACUUUAAAAUAAAACAUUUUUAUAUUGUUUCAUAACUUUCUGAAAUGAAAAUUCAAUGGCUGUAUCUUGUAAUUUUUUUUAGAUGAUAAGGUCCUACAGGGCUCAAAUUUGGUGUUAUAAAUUCAUUCAGCUUUACUUUGUCUUGUUUGUUAGUUGUAAAAUCUUGUAAAUUAGGUUGUACAUCAGCAUCUAUUUUGCCCUGUUCUGGUUGCAAAACCUUUAUUGCGAUUUAUAAUUAAAUGUAGAAGAUGAU